AUGGAAAAUAACAAUAACACUAACAACAGGUUUACUUCUUUUAACCGAGAACAAACGCCAUUGAAUAAGAUCCACUCUCAAAUCCGAGUGAUUUUAGAAUCACAUGCCAAAACAACAGCAGCGAUAAUGGAACUUUGCAGCAUGCUUCCAUCCACCAUCCAGUUUUCACUUGGAAGUGAAGUUAAUAUACCAUUAAUCACUGAACCAUCGUCAUCAAAUACCAUUCAGGUCGUCCAUAGUACCCAAGAUGAUUAUCGUAAUAGUUACUAUGAUGAUAGGUUUGCAAGUAAAUAUGAAAUAUCAGAAAAUGAGGAAACCACAGAAAAUGCUUUGAUGCCUGAAUGGCACUAUGCGGAAGGCAGAACUCGCUCCAAUAUUUACCACUUGAGAAAAGAUGAUGACAUCGGCGUGACCACUCCCUCGUUGAAUGACACAGCAAAAUCUAGGCAUUCUACUCCUUCCAAUCAUCCCAGAAAAAGAGGAAGAGGUGCUAAAAUUGUUGGCUCGUCCGCUUCAUCACCAUACACCACAACAAAUCCCACCAAACGAAACUCUAGCGUCACGCGAAAUCCUGAAGUUAUAGCGAAUCAACAACAACUUCUUAAUGAUUUCACUACUUGCUUUAACCGAAGAAUUGCACAAGGAAUGGUUUCACAAACAAAAAUCGCUCAAGAGAUUACUAAUUUUGUGAAAGAUGAAGCCUUUCACGUGCAUCAAGUCGAUGUGUCAAAUAUGUGUAAGGGAAAACUUCCGGCCAGCUUUAAACUUGACGCUGUGAGAAACUGGAUUGCAGCGGAGAAUGCUAAGCCAAUAGUCGUCAUUCAACAAGAAGAACAAAUUGCACAAGAUGGUGAACAGGAAACAUACACUACUAAUGUUACUCAAGAUGAUGAAAUAGCAGAGAAUUAA